GAGCUGGGCGGAAGUGAAUGCACCGUCGACCUGAGCGGCUAAUCUGCGUGAAAUCAACACAACAAGGAGGAACCAAGAAAGUUGCAGCUGCCUCUUUGACAGCUGCUACAGGAGGAACGACACAAACUCCGCUCAUGUCUCCGAUGGAGGUGGAGCAUCUCCUGUCUCUGUCCGGUCCUGCACUGGCCCAGGCUGUCAGCUCACUACUGGAGACGCCUGGUCUAUACGUAUUCUCUGACAUCCUGGAGCUGCCCAACGUCAGAGAGCUGGAGAACAGCCCUCACGCACCCAUGUACCAGCUCCUCAACCUCUUCGCCUAUGGAACCUACUGCGACUACAAAGAGAGAGAAGCUUCUCUCCCAGAAUUGACCCCAGCCCAGAGAAACAAACUUCGCCAUCUUUCCAUCAUCAGCUUGGCUUCCAACCUCAAGUGUCUGCCGUACUCGCUGCUGCUGCAACAGCUGGAGUUGAAGAACGUGCGCGAAUUAGAGGACCUGCUCAUUGAGGCCGUCUACUGCGACAUCAUCCAGGGCAAGUUGGACCAGCGGAAUCAGCAAGUGGAGGUGGACUGCAGCGUGGGUCGCGACCUCGGCCCCAACGAGCUCCCUAACAUUGUUAACACGCUGCAGGAGUGGUGCACAGGCUGCGAGGCGGUGCUGUGCGGCAUCGAAGAGCAAGUCUCCCGGGCAAACCAGUACAGAGAGAGCCAGCUGAAAGUCAAAGUUCAAGUGGAAACCGAGGUGUCAAACUUACAGAAGACACUGAAAGCCAGUGCCGCCUCGCCAUCUUCAGGCCCUGCCCCCGCCGGAGCAGCAUCCAAUCAGGAUGCGGACCAGCCAGCCGAACCGCGGGAUCCCGCCUCCUCUCAGGAACCGCGACAGCCGGGCAAAAAAAGUUCUAAAGUAAAAGGGCCGUGCUCAACCUCUCACUCCAAGUCAGCUGGGAUAGACUCCAGGAUCUCCGGAAAAAGCAAUUUGGAUGAAAGGUGAGGCGCACAUAACGGACGUACUUGUUGUGUUUUAUGUCAUUCAUUACAAUUAAAGCCCUGGAAGGUUUUAAUAUAGUAUUCCCUGAACGGUGAUAAACAUUAUGAGCAGGAGAACUUGCGUUGUUAAAGUCAGCAUGUUUGACCUGCAGUGUGUUUUUGGAAUGAUACGUACACAAAAAGAUCAAAUGCUUCCCCGCGUCAAUAUUUUGACUAAUUACGCCUCUCUCCAUCUGCCGUCAGGGCCCGCUCGCAUCCUUACACUUGUCUUUUCAUCUCUGCCUCCUCGCCGUCUGCCCGGAUCCCCAGAGUUCGCUGUGGGCCACAGAGCUGCAGCUGAAGCUCAGCCAAUCUGCGACGCAGCUCCUCCUUCCUGGAGAUCUGAGAAGAGGAGGAGGAGGAGGAUGAAGCAGAAGCCAAAUUGGCUGUAAAAGCAAGCCAGCGCAUCCACAAGUGUUUGAUACGCACAAGUGAUUAACACCCCGCCUGUCUUCAUUUCACGUGUCGGCAUCAAGCGAGGUGCGUCUCUCACUUAUUAUUACGUAUCAAUUAGUCCAGACAACUUUGCAUGAAAUAUUUAUUUCCAGAGAUACAAGAGCUCUCUGACUAUUCAUCACAUGAAGGUCAGCUGACUGUGGGUUCACAUUCGUUCACAUUUAAUAUGCAGUCAUAUACCGAGGGCUGUUUCCAAGAUUUUGCACCUCCCCCGUCAACAAAUAAGCCUACUAAAACAAUAGCAGCACCUCUUAGUGUAUUAUUGCACAAAAUACAAACCACUGUAAUAAACACAUCCUUAAAGGCCUACUGAAAUGAGAUGUUCUUAUUUAAAGGGGGAUAGCAGCUCCAUUCUAUGUGUCAUACUUCAUCAUUUCCCCAUAUUGCCAUAUUUUUGCUGAAAGGAUUUAGUAGAGAACAUCGACCAUAAAGUUCGCAACUUUUGGUCGCUAAUAAAAAAGCCUUGCCUGUACUGGAAGUAGCAGACGAUGUGCGCAUGACGUCACGGGUUGUGGAGCUCCUCACAUCUGAACAUCGUUUACAAUCAUAGCCACCAGCAGCUAGAGCGAUUCAAACCGAGAAAGCAACAAUUUCCCCAUUAAUUUGAGCGAGGAUGAAAGAUUUGUGGAUAAGGAUAGUGAGAGUAAAUGACUAGAAAAAAAAAGUGGGAGCGAUUGAUAUUAUUAGACACAUUUACUAGGAUAAUUCUGGAAAAUCUCUUAUCUGCUUAUUGUGUUACUAGUGUUUUAGUGAGAUUAUAUGGUACCUGAAAGUCGGAGGGGUGUGGCCACGGGUGUGGUGAGCGCCAGUGUCUCCGGUGGGAGGAGGUAAUAGUCCGCAGCUGCAGGAGGACGCAAGCUCCGCUCAUGUCUACGGUAAGAGCCGAUUUAUUAGCACAAUUUUCUGACCGAAACCUGCCGGUUGACAUGUGGUCGGGAACCAUGUACGCUUGACCGCUCUGUUCCAUAGUAAAGCUUCACCUUCGGGAAUGUAACCAAGUAAACACCGGCUGUGUUUGUGUUGCUAAAGGCAGCUGCAAUACACCACUUCCCACCUACAGCUUUCUUCUUUGACGUCUCCAUUAUUCAUUGAACAAAUGGCAAAAGAUUCAGCAACACAGAUGUCCAGGAUACUGUGUAAUUAUGGGAUUAAAGCAGACUACUUAGAGCUUGGAUCGGGCUAGAAAAACAUGUCCGCUACCACCGGUGACGUCACGCGCACGCGUCAUUAUUCCGCCAUGUUUUCAGCAGGAUACUUCGCGGGAAAUUUAAAACUGCAAUUCAGUAAACUAAACCGGCCAUAUUGGCAUGUGUUGCAAUGUUAAUAUUUCAUCAUUGAUAUAUAAACUAUCAGACUGCGUGGUCGGUAGUAGUGGCUUUCAGUAGGACUUUAAAUUAACACCUCUCUAGCAGUGUCGAUCAAAAAAUUUGCAAUUUUUGAUCCAAGUCUUGCAUGGGGGCUCCAUAGAUUGUGGAAGUGUGCCUAAUGAAAUGGCCUAUAUGACCUCUCAUCCUGCAUUGGUUUUGACCAGUCAACAGAGGGUAUUGAUAUAGUCCAGGCCAAAAGUUUGAACACACAUUCUCAUUCAAUGUCUUUUCUUUAUUUCCAUGACUAUUUCAGAAUCAGAAUCAGACAUACUUUAUUAAUCUCCGAGGGGAAAUUAAAAUUUUCAGCACAAUCCCAUUCAAGAUCAGACAAACAUUACAGGGAGACAGAACAGGAUGGCUGACGGGUCUGCCAACUUCCGGCGCCCCUUACAAAAAAGGUGAGAUACAGGUAAACAAAUGGGGGGAAUGGGAGAAAAAAAUAAAAGAUUAAAAUACAAUUAAAUAAAAAAAUCGGUCUAAGCCUGGGCCUCUGGAGAGUGGGUCCAGACUGAGGCCAAAAGAUAAAAAACACUCAUAGCCAUAGUACACAUCCCUCUCACAUGUGUGUAAGAGGGAAACAUCAAAGAACACAAAGGACAUUAAAGACAUUAAAGUAGCGGAGCUGAUGCAACCAGACACUUCUACAUACAGCUAGGAAUAAAAAGUGAAAGAAACAUAUUUACAUUAUUUGCAUUGUAGAUUGUCACUGAAGGCAUCAAAACUAUGAAGGAACACAUGUAGAGUAAUGUACUUCUGCUGCUCACUGCUCCCCUCACCUCCCAGGGAGUGAUCAAGGGUGAUGGGUCAAAUGCAGAGAAUAAUUUCGCAACACCUAGUGUGUGUGUGACAAUCAUUAGUACUCUAACUUUAACUUUAACAAAAAAAGGUGAAAUAACUGAAAACAUGUUUUAUAUUGUAGUUUCUUCAAAAUAGCCACCCUUUGCUCUGAUUACUGUUUUGCACACUCUUGGCAUUCUCUCGAUGAGCUUCACAGCUUUUCACUUCACAGGUGUCAUAGUUUUGAUGCCUCCAGUGACAAUCUACAAUGUAAAUAGUCAUGAAAAUAAAGAAAACGCAUUGAAAUGAAAAGGUGUGUCCAAACUUUUGGUCUGUACUGUAUUUCAUCAUUUAAAACAUAAUACAAUGUACAUCGUAUAUAAAUGAAGGAUUAGUGGUGUAAGAAUAUGAUAUGUAUUUGGUCUUUAAGUGCACUUUGAUUAGUUAACUGCAUGUAAAUGUGGAUACCAAGUUCGAGCAAAUAACCCCAGAAUUAAAAUUAACGUAAUCUAAGAAAAAAAAAGUUCAAUACUUGGAUACCGUGAACAUGUUUUAAAAAUUUUAGUGACAUUGUAUGAAUUUACACAUAGAAAAAUACUAUAAUCACUCAUCUGAAAAAAUGCAUAAAGUUCCACAAUUUAAAUCAGAAUGAGUGCCUUCUAUUCGGGUGUUUUGACAUAUUUGGAACAUUGAAAUACAAUUUAAAUGUAUGUGAUAUCAAUUUUGGUCAUUUUCCAUGUAUUUACAUAUUGUAAAAUACCAGUGUGAAGUUGGCGCCCCAACUUUGUCUAAAUCUCCCCAAACUUAACUCCGUAGUUUGAGCUGCAAACGUUUUGGUGUAACUAUUAUAGUUUUUAAGUUAUUAAUGUUUUACGUCGAUGGUUGUAAAUAAUAAAACGUUAUUAACUUAAAAACUGUAAUACUUGUCCCAAUCAUGUGUUCGGCAAAUUGUUUGAUCCAACAAUUAGUUUUUAAUUUAAUAACGUUUUACGGAGAUCGCUAUGAAUCAUAAAACGUGAAUCAUUAAAAAAACUAUAAUAAUUAGACAAAACUUUGUUUGCAGUAGAAAACUAGCACAAAUGAAUAGGAAAAUUAUAGGAAGAUUUUGACUUAGUUGGGGGUUAGUAACAGGUUUAAUUACAAGUAAAAACCAUAAAAGGUUAAUAACUUAAAAACCGCAAUGUUGCAGGAUAAACAUAGCACAAAAGACUGGGACAAGUUUAAAAAAAUGAAAAACUACAGUUAAACAAAAUAUUUUUGCAGCCCAAACGAAUGGCGCAGGUUUGGGGAGAGUUGGACAUAGUUGGCUGGUCUAGCUAUGAUUACUAGAAACAUAUUAACGAACACAUAAAUCAUGAUCACUUAAAAACUAUAAUAGGCAGACCAAAAAAAAUGUGAAGCACAAACCUUUGGCACUGGUUUAUCUUGGAGGCUUUGACCAGAUGAGGUGGAUGGUUAUAUUGAAAUGUUAAUAACCUAAGAACUAUCCAUCCAUCCAUCCAUUUUCUACCGCUUAUUCCCUUUUGGGGCCGAGGGGGGUGCUGGAGCCUAUCUCAGCUACAAUCGGGCGGAAGGCGGGGUACACACAGAUAUAGAAGAAAAAAACUUUUUCCAGCACAAACGAAUGGAACCAUGAAUUGAUUAAAGUUGAAAAAUGUAUUGGGGUGUUAGCAUUUAGUGGUCAAUUGUACGGAAUAUGUACUGUACUGUGCAAUCUACUAAUAAAAGUAUCAAUCAAUCAACAGGUUUGGGGUGAUUUGGACACGGUAGAGGAAGGGGGAGGAGGGCAUCACAGGUCAGAAAAUGUAUUUUAGAAUAACUCAAAAACAGAAAAGGCACAAACAACCAAUUCUGAAGCACAAAUUUAAACAUGUUUGGGAAGAUUUGUGCAAGGUGGGGGUUGCAACUUCACACAGAAAAUACAAUUAAGGCCACCGCUGCUGCUCACUGCUCCCCUCACCUCCCAGGGGGUGCAACAAGGGGAUGGGUCAAAUGCAGAGAGUAAUUUCAGCCCACCUAGUGUGUGUGUGUGACUAUCUGUGGUACUUUAACUUUAAAGUUUACAUUAUAUGCAAAUUAUUAAUGCGUGGUCAUGGAAACUUCGAAAAAUCUAACAGUUCCGUUAAAAAGAAAUCUAAAAGACUUUUUUAUUAGGUUUAUUAUGUUUUGCAACCGGCAGAACGCUGUACUGGGUUUAAUGCUUGUGCCUAACAAUAUGAGGGUCCUGAGUUCAAUCCCUGGCUCGGGAUCUUUCUGUGUGGAGUUUGCAUGUUCUCCCCGUGACUGCGUGGGUUCCCUCCGGGUACUCCGGCUUCCUCCCACCUCCAAAGACAUGCACCUGGGGAUAGGUUGAUUGGCAACACUAAAUUGGCCCUAGUGUGUGAAUGUUGUCUGUCUAUCUGUGUUGGCCCUGCGAUGAGGUGGCGACUUGUCCAGGGUGUACCCCGCCUACCACCCGAAUGCAUCUGAGAUAGGCUCCAGCACCCCCAGCGACCUCGAAAGGGAAAAGCGGUAGUAAAAGGAUGAAUGUUUUGCAACACAAGGGCAUAUAGCUUAAAACAAACACAACAUCCCCAGUUGAUAUUCUGCAAAUAAACAGCCGCCGAGCAUUCAGAGCAGAUCAAUGAAGCGAUGCUGUAGUUUACAAGCGAUUCUAUUUAUUUUCUUACUUUCAGCUACGGGGAAAGUUUAGACAGUUUCAGGGCAACACACACACACACACACACACACACACACACACACACACACACACACACACACACACACACACACAGACACACACACACACACACACACACACACACAGUGUUUAUAGUAUAGCUUCACUUUGACAGAAUAAAGUCCGGGCUAAUUACUUUUGUGGGUAGGCUUUCCUCUUGUUGACCUCCUGAGGCAAAAGCUGUCAAGUAGACCAAGUCCACUUCAUUAUUAAUUCAGAUUAAUCCUAAUUUUCUUGAACUUCAUGAUACCAUCAACAUUAACCAUAAAAACAAACACGCAUAUUUAGCCAAAUACUGGAUUGUAUCCACACUAAGAGACAAUAAAUAGCCAUUGGGCGCCAAUCAAGGCAUUGCUAUGCUCACACUGAGGCCAUUGGAAACUUUGCACAAACAAUCGCUCAAAAUCCUUGACCGAAAACCACAACAUCACCAUCACUGUUUAGUUCUCCAAAAAUAUAGAUUGUUAGAUUUAGCUAACAUUCAAAGAUUAGCAUCAAUACGAAUGGCCCAUUGAAUCCUAAAUAACACUGCACCAGCGCCACUUAAGCACUUUGUCCAGUUUACAUCUGCUAGAAACACACGAGCCUCCACCAGGGGGCAGUGUAGCGUACCAUGACAUAAAACAUCUUUUUCACAAUCAGCCUUUUUAUGUAAAGCCAAAAAAGAAUGGAACGACCACACAACAAACUUGAAAAGUUUAACAGAUUACUCUUAAUUUACAAUUGAAGUUAAAAAGUGGCUUUGGAGCUAGGGCUGGGCGAUAUAUCGAUAUACGCGAUAUUGCUUGUCUCUGGGCGAUAUUGAAAAUGAUUAUAUUGUGAUAUUCGAGUAUACGUUCUCACGCAGUUGCUUUUAGCUGCGGGCAUUACACUACAGGCUCUUCCCAUUUCUUGGUGUGUCUCCUUCUCAGAGACAGCAAGCACACAAACUUACACACGUCACAUACCGUCACACGUCACACGUCACAUACGUAUACGCCCUCGCGGAGCAGAGAGGUAGCAGCACGGGUAACUUUAGCUGUGAUGCUAGCGAAGUCGUGCGAGUGGUAAUACGAGAGAAAGAAGGUGCGAAUGAAGGAAAAAUUAAUUCCCAAGAAAAACAGCAGGGGGUCCAUCCUCUGGCGGUGGUUCGGCUUCAAGCGGGAAGAUGUCGAAUAGAGGACUUUAAUUUGUCAGGUGUGGGGCACAAGCGUUGCUACCAAAAGUAGCAUUACUGCUAAUAUGUAGCAGUGAUAGCAGAAUGUUUGAAUGUAGACACAUAGAAUCAUCAUACUGCUGUGAUUAUAUGUAUUAAGUGUUCAUUCAAGGCUAAGGCAAAAUAUCGAGAUAUAUAUCGUGUAUCGCGAUAUGGCCUAAAAAUAUUGAGAUAUUAAAAAAAGGCCAUAUCGCCCAGACCUAUUUGGAGCAAUCAAAGCUGCUCACGCGGUCACUAAGGUGGGCACCGUGUUUGACACAUCAACUUAAUGUGUUAGAUUUAUCCAUGAGGGCAUUUACCUACUCAGUGGUUAGAGGGUCAAAAUAAAUUGCAUGAUUCAUCUCAGUGCGUUGAUGAGUAAUGCAAUCAUAUUUUGAUGAGUCACUUGAGUUAACUUGUAGAUUUUGACAGUCCUGGUAAAUGUUUAGCUCACUUUUAGCAUGUUUUUGGAGUACCUUCGCAAGUGCACUUGUCAGUUCUUCCUGUUCUUUACGAUGUUUUGCCUCCACUGUGGGAUCUGAGCCGAGGAUGUUGUGGCUUGGACAGCCCUUUGAGACACUUGUGAUUAAGGGCUCUAUAAAUAAACCUUAAGUGAUUGAUACUCUACAAUAUGUAUGUGUACAGUACAUUGUUUUAAUUAGGUUCAUCUACUCACUGGCUUAGUGGUUGGAGCAGGGGUCGGGAACCUUUUUGACUGAAAGAGCCAAGAAGCCAAAUAUUUUAGAAUGUAUUUACUUAAGAACAAUAUAAUAUUUUUAACACUGAACACAACUGCAUUUUUUAAGUAAGACCAACAUUUUUAGAGUAUAAUAGGUAUCUUAUUCUUUGUAAUAACAUUGUUAUUCUGAAGCUAAAUGAGUAAAUGUGGAGGGGGCGUGGCCUGCGGGCCUGCAGCGAAGUUGGGUGUUGCCAGGAUCGGCCUUGAAAUCAGCGACAGGUGUGUAGAUGGCCCACCUGGGCCUUGUUAUCUAAUCAUCUGUCGCUCUGUUAUAAGCAGCAACCAGGAGGAGAGACGGGGUUGGGGCUGGAGCCAGAGCGCGAGCGAGAACGAAAGAGAAAAAGACAAUUGCUGGAAAGCAACUGAGAGACUUAUUGAAAAAUAAAACAAUAUUGUAACCCUGAAA